AUGCAUAUCUCAACAUUUCUGACGCUGUGCUCCCUGGCAGCCACAUCAUAUACACAGCAGGCGCCGAUAGACAUUCGCGAAGCCACCAUCUCGAGUCUCCAUGGCUCGCUCUACUCCGGGCUAACGACAUGCCGGGACAUUGCGAGCGCGUUCAUCACGCGCAUCGAGCACUUCAACCCGAGCAUCAAUGCCGUCAUCACGCUCAACCCGGACGCCCUGGACAUUGCCGACAGCCUAGAUGAAGCUCUCUCCCGCGGCAACGCCACAGGUUCAUUAUUCUGCAUCCCCGUUCUUCUCAAGGACAACUUCGACGCGGUGCCAAUGCCCACGACUGGUGGAUGUUUGAGCUUGAACGCGUCCACCCCAGCGCAGGACAGUCCGUCGGUGACAGCUCUGCGGCGUGCUGGGGCAGUGAUCCUGGGGAAAGUGAACCUCCAAGAGCUGGCACUUGAGGGGCUCUCCGUAUCCAGCCUUGGCGGACAGACAUUGAACCCUUACGACUUCUCACGCACUCCCGGCGGCAGUUCCGGGGGAACUGGAGCGGCAAUCGCAGCAUCCUUUGCCGUCUUCGGCACGGGCACCGACACUGUGAAUUCGCUGCGCAGCCCUGCAAGCGCCAACAGUCUAUUCAGCUUCCGGCCGACACGAGGACUGAUCUCUCGAGCAGGCGUUAUUCCCAUCUCAUACACCCAAGACACUGUUGGGGCGAUUGGCCGAUGUUUACGGGACAUAGCAACUGCACUGACAGUCAUGUCGAGCGUUGGCUACGAUGCCAACGACAACGCCACUGCUGCCAUCCCGCCCUCGGUCGUCGGAACGGACUACACGUCCUUUCUCACCCACGAGGAGGCCGGAAUACUCCCCAGUCUCCAAGGCAAGCGCUUCGGCGUGAUCGAGGGGUUCUUCGACCGCACUAGCAACAACAACGAGACAAAUCCAGUCAAUCAAGCCAUGGACGCCGUGAUAACCUUGCUCCGCAGCCACGGCGCGACCAUUGUCAACAUCACCAAUCAAAUCUACAAUGCCACCGCAAUCAGCACAGCAAUGGACGUUCAACAAUUGGAAUACCGUGAACAGCUCACCGCGUAUCUUUCCUCUCCCGACCACCUGAGGGGUGAGCCUCGUCCGAAAUCCAUGCCUGAACUGUAUCAGCGAGGUAGCAGGGACUUCCUCGUCAUCCCAGCCCAAUACUCAUAUAUCCAAACAGCACUCCACUCAUCCACCUCCAACAGCAGUUAUUUUCAGAAACAAACCCUAAUCGCGAACCUAACCCGCUCGCUGCACGACACCAUUGUUUCCAACAACCUCGACUGCCUCAUCUAUCCAGAACAAAAGAAUCUCGUGGUCCCCGUGGGUUCGGUAUCACAAUACGGCCGCAACGGGAUCCUGGCCGCCGUGACAGGUAGUCCUGUCGUCGUUAUCCCCAUUGGCUUCUCGCCGCCAACGGCCUCUGCCCCAAUCGGGGUCCCUAUCGGCAUGGAGAUUCUAGGAUUACCAUGGACAGAAGGCCAAUUGCUUCGUUUAGCUCAGGCCAUCGAUGGCCGCUUGCAUGCACGCAGGCCGCCUGUCACUAAUGGAUUGAAUGAAUCCGUUGAAUUCACUGGUGUCUACGAUGCUGUCCCAAGUAUAAUUCCGCUGAAGAACAUUUCUCCUGUUUACCCGUUGGGUGUGUAUUAG